AUGCCUUGUGGUAACUUAAGGGUGGCGCAGCUCGAGCUCUUCAGCCAAAAUGAAGAGCUGGAGGAGAUAGCAUCUGCUGAUCUGAAGUAUCUGCUGUUGCCUGCCUUGUUGGGGGCCCUUACCCUGAAGCAAAUCAAUCUCAGCAAGCGCCUGGAGCAUGUACAGAGUGCUCGUGCCCACUUCAUGAACUUUCUGAAGCUCUGCAAGAGCUACCAAAUUGGCAAGUUCCGACUCCCAGAAACACCAGAGAGUCCUGGUGAAAAUGAGUCUUCAGAGAGUACAUCCAAGGCUGGCCCAGCUGUUGGCCAGCCCAGUCUGGUGGCCAUGGCAGUAAACAGACAAGCAAAAAUCGAAAGGUAUAAGCAGAAAAAGGAGGUGGAAAAUAGAUUGGCCUCUAUGAAAGCCUUCGUGGAGAGUGGCCAAGCAGAUGAGGAACAGGUGCGAGAAUUCUACCUGCUGCACAUCCAGAAGUGGAUCAGCACAAGCCUGGACGAAAUUGAGAGCAUUGACCAGGAAAUGGUGAUCUUGAGAGGCAGGGAUGCAAUAAAACAGUCUUCAGCAUCAUCUCAUGCUCCUCGUCAGCCAAGGAUCCCGAUGAAACCUUUCAUUCUCACCCGGGAUGCUGCCCAGGCUAAGGUGUUUGGUGCUGGCUAUCCUAGCCUAGCAACUAUGACAGUGGAUGACUGGUAUGAGCAGCACCAGAAGCGAGGCAUCUUGCCUGAUCAAGGUGUACCUCGGGGAGCACCAGCAGAGAUUGCUGGUGAGGAGUUGGAGAAGGAGCAACAGGAGAAAAAGGUGGAAGAGGACAAUGAAGAAACUAUACGUAAAGCCCGGGGCUGGGAUGACUGGAAAGACACACACCCCAGGGGUUAUGGCAAUCGACAGAACAUGGGCUGACCAUGCAUCCAAGGGACAAAGGAGCGCAUGAGUCUCAGAUGAGUGCACUCCGUAGCAAAGGAUGGGUAAAUAAACUGUACAUAUGCAGAGGUAUCCUUGCCUUCUCAGUGGGUCAACUGUGUAAGAGGAGUGAACAGGAUAGUUGUCUUGGUUUAUGUUAAGUGUAAGACUGAGUAUGCACUUGUCAUGUGUAGUGACAUGACACAGCUUUGUCAAGUGGGGCUGUUAUUAAAGGGGUCAAAGCAAAGCUCCCUUAUUCUCCUGAGCAGAGGGAGUCCUUAUAUAACGAAAUACAUUAAUUUGAAAGCGGCUCUCUGUAUUGUUGGUGGAUGUAUUUAUUUUCUUUAUUUUAAAAUAAAUAAAAUAUCUUGUGCUGCGUAGUCCUUGUUGUGCUUUGCAAGAGAUGUAAAUGUAUCAAGUGUGUAUGUGAGAAUCUGUUUACUUUUUGUUGAAUGUGCUGACUAUGAUUGCAGAGCUUUUUUACUUUACGUUCACGAUAUACUCCAUGCUGGACAGCCUGACAGCACUCGACCACCCUUGUAGCUGCAGUCAUUUUAUUUCUGAAUGCCUGUGGACAAACACAACACUUUACCUGGGCUUUUUGCUGGGCUCGUGUGACAUUCCAGGGACUUGGAGGGUUAGGAAGUGUGAGGUUGCUGCCAGAUGUUCAGGAGCAAGUGACCAAUUUUUGCUUUCAAGCACCACAGCUCCUAAAUUCAUUAUGCAACCCUAGGAAGGCCCUUUUUACAAGGAGAAUCCUCUGCAACCAGUCAGUCAUGACAGCUCUUCCAAUUUCUACCUGCACUGCUCAAAGGUGGUUUAUAGGGUAUUAAUUAGGGGUGUUCAAAAUGGGUCAUAUUCGAUUAAGAUUCGGCCUGAAUCGGGGGACAGUAAUUCAAUUUGUUGAUUCAGAUCACUGUCGCAGUUCGAUUCAGCUGAAUCUGAAGAGUCGAUGCUGAUUUGCCGAGUCAGCAAUUUGGCCAUAGACACAGCUUUAAAUGUUUUUUCUACAUACUUCAAAGUACUAGGCACAGUUCGUGAAUGCUGCAGUGGUGGGACAGAUGAAGUGUCCCACAGGAGUGUGAUGGGGGGGCCCCCCCCACGUGCUUGGCGACAGACCUGAAAGUACUUCUGGUCCACUUCUGGGUCCACAGCCAAGCACAUGGGGGAAGCCCCGUGUGCCCCCCUGGCUCCGAGACUGGCCCUGAGGGGACCCCAGGAGGCACCAGUUGCCAAGGCAGGGGGAGGGUCCCCUGUACCUUCUGGUCCACUUCCAGGUUCACCACUGAGCAUGCUGCCCCCCCCCUUGUGGAACGCUCCAUC